AAUUGCCGGAGGUGGUACAGUCGCAGACGCGAAACUACAGCCGAGACCACCCAAGCGCGAUGGCAGGAUACGACCCCCAGUACGUAGGCAAGCCCGACGCCAGCGAGAAGGCCUCCAUCGAAUCCAAGGUCCAGGCCAAGCUCACGGAAGUGCUGGGCGUUGAGGUCGAAAGCGUCAUGGCGGAAUACGUCGUUGUCAUGGUCUACAACUCGAAGAGCAUGGGUCAGAUCCGCACCGACUUGGACGACUUUAUGGGCGCCGACGGCGCCGAGACCUUUGUCCAGUGGCUGUACGCGCUUCUGGCCGGCCCGCCGGCGACUCCCACACCGGAAGCGGUCGAGCCCGAGAUUACCACCCAAGCGCCAGAGCCCGCAUCGACCACACCGGCGGAGGAAGCCCCCAAGCGCGUCAUCAGCCUUUCGCGCCCGGCGCCCGCUGUGGAAGCAAAGGGCACGGUGCGCAUUAUCGGCAAGAAGUCGGACAAGGAGCUCGAAGAGGCCAUGCGUCGGCGCUCGGAGCGCUUUGGUCUUCCCCAAAAGGAACGUGCGUCGCAGAACGAGCCGUCGAAUGGGUCGAAGCCGUCGAUCACGGACCGCCUCGGCAAGACGCAGGACACCAGGCAGCAAGGGCCGCGCAAAGACGACCGUCGUGACGACGAUCGCCGGGAUACCAACCGCCGGGACGCCAACCGCCGCGAUGACAACCGCCGUGGCAUGGACAACCGCGACAACAACCGGAAGCGACCCAACGAUUCCAACAACGACGACGAGCCCCGAUCGAAGAAGCCUCAGUUCGACGACCAGCGGCAAGGCCCGCCGCGUGGCUUCCCUCCGGGCGGCUACAUGCGCGGUCCUCCCCACAUGUAUGGCGGUGGCUUCCCGUACGGCAUGCCUCCUCCGGACUUUAUGUAUUACCCGCCGCCGCACCACAUGGGCGGUCCCCCUGGCUACGGCAUGCCCCCCUAUGGCAUGCGUGGCCCGUACAUGCCUCGCGGCCCGCACGGUGGUGCGCCGCGCCCGUUCACGAACCGCAAGUGGGUCAACCCGGCGACGGUAGCCGCCACGCGACGCCCCGGCCGCAGAAGGUGGCGCCGAGCCUGUACAAGUAGCCGCUCCGGAUGCCUCGACGAAUGCCACGACGAAUGCCACGACGAAUGCCACGACGAAUGCCUCGGCGAAUGCCGAGCCGACGCCUGCGCCGAUGCCGGCCCCGGGUUCCACGGUGCGCCGCAAGGCAACUUUUUUGGGUACCCCCGCCCCCGGUUCCAAAACAAGACGUGGGUCCGCCCCGAAGCGGUGGUCGCCCCCGAAGCCAACACGGAGGCGCUCUCGGCCAGCUUGCCCAAGACGCCGUAAAACGCGCGACGCCACCCCCACCCCUUAGGACCCCUUAGGACACGACUAGUCUUCACGAUAAGCCACUGACGAAUUUGACCCUCCCCCUAUGCAUGACAACACAAACAUUGAUAUUAUACUAUUUAUUAAGCCAC